AAUGGCGGCGGCGGCAAUCAGCACUCCUUCUCCAACCCCCGACUCCACGAUCCACAGUCCGCUCUGAGCCCACGCCGUGCUAAUGACUUUGGUUUGAAGAACCUCGGUGUCGCCGAUCUCUACCCUGAGGUCAGCGAGGCCGCAAACAGUAAGCCAACUGACUGGCGUCUGACCGGCCUGAAUAGUGACACGGAAGCCCUUCUAGACGCCUGCAAUGGUGGAGCCGGCAGUCAUCAGAACAUCCCAACACCGGCUUUCGAUCUGAUUCAGGCACUUGACUCGCUUUGCCUGACCUCGAGUGACGCCGUUGGAGAAUCCACCGGUGGUGAUCUCUCUUACCCGCCGGGCUUUGACGAUCGCACGACGUCGACAACGACUGCACGGCCAUUUGUUGCUCUCCCUGUCCUCCCCCCAAUACCCGUUGUACCUGUUUCUUACACCCUUCGUCUCUGCCCACAAAUUCCCCCCGCCACCUAG